AUGGAAAAUUCAAACAUUUGUCGCCAACGUCAACCGACCAAUAAUCUCGGCGAAACUACUUGUCCAGCCAAUGGGAUUCUCAACCACAAUCAAGAAGACUCUACAAGUUCUUGGACUCGCUACAGACCAAGAGGCUCCUUAGCCAGAGCAUUGCACGAGAAAGUGCUCCAAGAUCAGUAUUUAAAAAACCUCGACAAAAACGAGUGGUACCAAUGCGAUUUGGACGCAGUUUCUCCGGAAUUGAGGCUCAAAUUUGUACAACUGGGUCCAGACGAGGAUACGUUGAAGUUUAUAGAUGAAGCAGAAGAAAAAUCCGAUUGGAUUUUCACCCAGAUAUGGCAUAUGUUGGUCAAACUUGUUUUGGGUUGGUUCAUGACGCAAACAUCUAUUAACGGCACCCACAAACAAGAAGGCAAACAACUACCAACGACAAAAGAAAUAUUAUAUUAUUUAGAUGGUUGCCAAGUUCAGUGUUCUCAAGAUAACAAACCUCAACAGUUGCUGCCAAUUCAAGGCGACUCCUUCGAAGAACAAGUCCAGAGUAUUGUAGAUGACAUACUGAAGCCGGCCAAAUUUGAAUUGGUAUCUUGGAGCAGGGUGCCAUAUCUAUGCGAGGGCGAUCUUCGGCAAUCUUAUUAUUGGCUAGACGAUGCUAUUUUCAUUAUUCGACCAAUUUAA